GAGGACAGUGUUGCAGGCACGAACUUGGAACUGGUCAGUGCUGAAAGGUUUGUGUGUGUUCCGGAAGAUUAACAAAAUCCACCAGAAAAGGACUUAUUGUUGAAAUUGUAUGUAACAAAAAAAUACAAAAAAACAGCUGUCUCAUUGAUGUGAGAGCCAAGUCCUUAGCUCAGCACUAUAUAAAGGGAGAAUGUCUUCUCUCUGCACAUUACAGCCACAGGCAUACAGAGUAACCAGGAUGUUGAACAUUAGCAAGGUUCAGCUGCCUUUGCAGCUUCCUACCUUCUCCAGAUCCUCCGAUAGGCUUCUUCAGCCUCUAUGGGACUAUUUCCUUUUCAACCACUACUUUCUCAUCUCCUCUCCCUUCUUCCCUGUCAUACUCUGCUUCUCCAGUUACUUCUUCUCCAGUCUCCCCUUUGCUGUACUAGACCUCCUGGGAGACAUGGUCCCCUCCAUUCACCACUACAAGAUCCAGCAAGAGAGAUGUCCAACCAUGGGGAUGAUGGCAAAGAGCUUCGGAAGGGCUGUUUAUAACCACUUGAUCUUUGUUCUGCCUGCUGUGCUGACUCAGACCUGCUUUAUGCCUUCAGUGGCGCUGCCUUCCAGUGCUCCAACUGUGGUAGAGGUUCUCAUUGAUGGACUUGCUGCCCUUCUUCUUUUUGACACCCAGUACUAUAUGUGGCACUUUGUGCACCACAAGCAUCCACAACUGUAUCGGUGGGUCCAUGCCAUCCACCACGAAUACAUGGCACCCUUUUCCUGGAACACCCAGCAACUCAGCAUUCCAGAACUGAUAACUGUGGGAUUCUGGAGCAACCUGGACCCCAUCCUGCUGAAAUGCCACCCUUUUACUACCUGGUGCGUCACCAUCAUCAGUAUCUGGAUGUCAGUGGAGGACCACAUAGGCUAUGACCUGCCAUGGGGUCUCAACCACCUGGUACCAUUUGGUCUGUUAGGAGGAGCACCAGCUCAUGACAUGCACCACCAGAAGCCCAACAGUAACUAUGCACCUUUCUUCAGCCACUGGGACAGGCUAUUUGGCACUGCCAUCCUACCAGGGAAAAUAACUGAGAAGAAAGUUAUGUAUUCACUGUAAAUAGGACCAUUCACUAUAAUUUUGAUUACCCUCAUGCUUACAUGUUAAUUAAAAUAAAUGUAUUUGUUUUUAUUAGUAAUUUACCGACAUCAAUUGUAUUAAAAUGUACUAAACGUCAUUACACGUGUAAAGUUUUUCUAAAUGGAUUAAUCUUAUGACAAUAAUGGGUAGAAUAAGAGCAAAAGUAAUAGUCCUUAGUAAUACAUAGUCAGAGGGUACAACUAUACAGCAAACUCCAAGUGUAACUUUUUCCCCAGAGGAUGGAAGCAAACCAUUUUUAAAAUCACAUUUUGUCACACAUGUUCAGUCUGAUUCAGCAAAUGACAUUCUACACCAUGCAGCAUAAAUUUGCUAAUUCUUACAUAAAAGAUUUCAGUCUUUGAAGAGGUACAGCUUAGUCAGGAUAUUCCUGUUUUCCUCUGUUUAGAAGGGUUUAGGAGAUUUCUAAUCAACAAAUCCACUGUUUGUUUGCCAGGGUCAAGUUGAGCCAAGGGUCAAGGGUGAAGUACAGGACAAGAACAUUUGAGGCAAUUAGAGAAAGGUGCUGUUAAUCCAUAGCUAUGUGACAGAACUUGGUUAAACCAAAAAUGUAGUAUGAUAUAAUUUAUAGAGCCAUAUAAACUGACAUAGCUCUUUGGGUGAUCUAAAAAGACAGUUCCAAAGCAUCCAAAUAAAUAGACUAUUCUAGAUUUUAUUUAUAUUACUAGGCAAGUCAGUUAAAAACAAAUUCUUAUUUUCAACGAGGAACAGUGGGUUAACUGCCUUGUUCAGUGGCAGAACGACAUAUUUUUACCUUGUCAGCUCGAGGGUUUGAUCUUGCAACCUUUCUGUUACUAGUCCUACAUUCAAACCACUAGGCUACCAGCCACCUUAUAAUGAAUUGAUAAGGUAAGAAGAAUAAAAUAAGUGGACCACUCUACAUGAAUUGAUAAGGGAAGGAGAAUAAAAUAAAUGUUUUAUGGCAUCCUGUUAACUCUGUAGCAUACACCAUUUUCAGAUCACGUAGGACCUGGAGCGGAAGCCUUAAGGUCAGGGAGGUACUGGUAAGGGAAUGGGGACUCUAUUUUUAGACUGGGUUAGCACAAAGACUUGUCCACUGCCAUCUGCGUUUAGUCUGAAUGAAUGACAGAGAGUGGAUUUUGCUCCAAUGUCUCCCUAGGAACAAAGUCAAGGCAAUCUGAAAAGCACAGGGUGAUAAUACAAAGCCUAUGGGCUUGCUGGUCAUUAAUGAGAAACCAUUGAGAUGGAAUAGAACUCCACAAGGAAAACAUGUUCUCUUUCUAAAUGCUUUAGGAAUAUUCAAGAAAAUAAAUGUCAGUGUUGCUCUCAUCAAAAUCGACAUUUUACUCUUUGAAUGAUGAGCCCAUAUUUCUCUUAAUCUCCUGGUUUGGCAAUUACGGUAGCAUCAGCAGGCAUACGGUGACAUUUAUGUAAUUGAUAAGACAAAGUGUUACAAUUAGCAGGCAGCAAAGCCUAACUUGGGAAGUGGUCACACGUCAGGCUAAAACGAUGAAACAUCAAACACCUCUGAAAUAGUCUCAGCAGUCGGAUGGAAUUAUCCUGCUUACGUCAGGGACCAUUAACUAGAUUCAGCCGCAGGCCAAUUCAUUGCACAUCCCCACAGACCCACUGCUUGGAGGACUGAAGCCACAAGUGAACUGAGAUUUUGUAUUGUGCUGUAUUCUCACUGAAAACAGCUAACAAAAUCCCUGACCAUCCUAUUGUACAGGGUAGUGCAUGUUUCAAUAAACAUUAAUCCAUGAUUCUUAAAUGUCAGUGUAUGGUUUUGUAGUUUUGUAUUAUGAAUUAUACAUUGCACCCACAAUGUUAGACUAGUAUAGAAAUAAAAGCAAUAAUCAAUGCGUAUUGACAAAUAUACAAUAUUACAAACGAAGAAAUUGAGCAGUCAUGCCGUGUCACUUUAAUCUAUGCUUUGUGUAAAGACUGCUUAGUAUAUGAAACCAAUGGGGAAAACCCCAAUAGAAACAUCUUGCAUUGGCCUCCUAAGGACAAAAAUAAACUGGAUAAAGAAUAUUUAUAUUGUACUAAUUAAUAGACCGAUUGUUACAGAUUUACCCAAAAAAUCUGCCAACUACUCUAAUAAGUUUGCAGUCUUAUAUAAUUUUGUGAAACAUUAACAGCUAAAUAUGAUCCAUUUCGAUGCAGCCUCUGAAACACAUUAAGAGACACACAAAGACACUUAAAAUGAAUGUACUUGUCUCAGACAAUGUAAACAUAUCAUACAAGGCAUUCCCUUAAUUUUAUUGACCUGAACCAAAGGCGUUAAAAUAAAAAGUCAUCAAUGUAUACUCUUGUUUAGAUACUGUACAAACAUGUUAGCAAUGUGUCCAAUAUUCUCUGUCGGGUGCAUCUUGGUGUAGCUGAUGAACUGGCGUCGUAGUUUCCGGAGCUCUGCCAUGUUUAGACUUCUGGUCAGUUCUAUGUUUGACAUCAGGUUAAGGAAACACAGUGAUAAACACUCAUGAAUUCUCUGAUGUGUCAGAGCUGAAAGCAAGGUUACAGUAUCGAAUACAUUUGGCUUCGGCACCUUAAUGUCCCGAAACCACAAUUUGAAGAGAUGAAUGUAUGCUUUCAGAAGGCUGUGCAACUCACAUUUUGUAGUUCAAGACUCCACUAGCACUACUUUGCCUGUGCUAUGUUGUUCAAAGUGAGCUGCAGGGGGAACAACAAAGUACUGGUUUCUGAGUAUGCUUCGGAAUCCUGAUAAAAGCCAGUCGCCAUGCUUCCAAUGAUUUGGUCCCUGUCUCAAACAUCCUAUGUGUUUGAUGGCGAUACCUUUCUGGUGGCUCAGUUGCUGUGCCACCAACUGCAUCAAAUGAAAGAUACUCUUUGAUGGAUGUCCAUUUAUCCACAGCCCCAUGCUAAGAGAUCCAGUUAUUUGAUACAAGAUGACAUUAACCCCUGUUGGUGCUAGACUGUUGUGAGGUGGUGAUUAAAAUAAAAAGAAUACGUCCAUGAGAGACUGUCAAAUAAAUAAUACAUUUUAGAAGGAGGAGGGGGGUAUAUGUGAGCAACAUGCAAAAUGUGGCAAAGGAUAUCUUUUCUGUAGCUCCUGGAACAGCAAUGAGAUCCCCUGGAACACUUGUCUUCUGGGAGUUGAGAAUUGCCUGGUACAAACAGAAAGAGUCAAUAUACAUUCUUCCAACAGACAGCAUUGCAGACAGUAUUUAAUAACACAACUGAAGCAAUAAUGUUAUGCAUUAAAAAAAUAAUACAUUCAACAAAUGAUGCUGAAAGAAAAACAGAGAAACAGAAGAAAACAGCAGGGGGGUGACCAAUGCAGGGAUUGAAAAAAACAAUAAAAGGAAGUUACUGAUAAAUAUGAAGGCUCUCACCAUCAACACAUCUUGUGUGACUUUGUCCAGCUCAUACAAGAAGUUUGUAGAUGACAGUGGUUGCUGCAACAGAUGGAUGAAAAGCUUCACUUAAAACCUGAAACUACCAACUGCAUGCAGAAACAUUACUUUGUGAUUUAUGCAUGUAAACAAGUUUCUUACACUCUGUGUCGACUGGUUAGGAGGGGGUGCUUUCCUUUUGAAGAUGGCAUCAGAGAUGGCUUCAAAUGGAAGUGUGUCUUCUUUCUGAAUGGUGAAAAGUGGACUGUCCCAUCUGUUCCUGGAGUCUGGAGUUUCAAAUCUCAGCACCAGCGCAUCUAGGCUGUGAAAGCAAAAGCAGAACCAAAGACCAUGAGUCUGCAAGUCACAUUAGCAAAUGGAAUUUCACUCAUGCAUCUAAUUGAAGCCUAUGACAUUUUCAUUGUGCAUAUAAUUGUGAUAAUGUAAAUGACUAAAAUGUCAUUGUAAAUCAGGGCUCCCGAGUGGUGCAGCGGUCUAAGGCACUGCAUCUCUGGCAACCCUAGUU